UUUUUAAGUAAAUCAACGCAACUUCAAGAUUGAAGUCCAUCGUCCAGACGAGACUCUAGGCUCCUAAUCUAGGGUUAAGGCAUUAAAUGAGUGCUGGUAUACAUAUUUUAACAAUUUAUUUAAAUUAAAUUAAUUAAAACCUUUAGAAGCUUUUCUCAAUAUUAUGUAAGUAUCAAAAAAAAAAUUUGUAUAAAAUCUACUAGAAAUGGAAGUUUCGCCGCCUAUAGAAACUGUAUAUGAAGCUAUUUAUGCGCUAUAUAAUCAAGGUAAUAAUCCGAGCGAAAAACAGCAAGCUUCCAAUUGGCUAAAUGAAAUGCAAAAAUCUGUUUUUGCAUGGAAAAUUGCUGAUGAACUACUUGCAAGAAAAGUUGAUAAAAACUCAUGUUACUUAGCAGCACAAACAAUGCGUUCAAAACUACAAAAUUCAUUUCAUGAAUUACCUCAAGAUUCGCAUGCAUCAUUAAGAGAUGCGCUACUUAAUCAUUUAUCGAAACUUGAUGAUUCAACAGAAUGUGAAAUAGCUACUCAAUUAUGUGUUGCAUUAGCCCAUCUUGCUCUUCAAAUGGGCUCAUGGAAAAAUGCAGCUGUUGAUAUUGCUUCAAGAUAUAACUCAUUAAAAACAUGUUUUAUUCUUGAAUUGUUGACUGUAUUACCUGAAGAAGUUAAUUCGCGAACAUUACGUUUAGGAGCCAAUCGUAGAUCAGAAAUUUAUACAGAAUUUAGUGAAAAUUUAUCUUCUGUUAACCAACUUCUUGAAAUGUGUUUAAUGUCUGAACCAAAUAAUGAGCGUGUGAAAAUUAGAACUUAUAAAUGUUUUGCAUCUUGGUUAAACAUUAGAAGUAUAUCUCUAUCGCAAGUUUGGAAUAGUAGUGUUCUAUCAAAUGCUUUUAAUGUACUAUGUUGCUGUGAUGGUUCAAAUAUGGUUCAGGAAGCAGCUGCUGAUGCAGUAAUAGCAUUUCUACAAACUUUAGAUGAUAAUAACAAUCAAGAUGAAAUACAAGCUGAAAUUUUAAAUUCAGUCGGAAGAUUAGAACAAGCUUAUAUGCUAUCUGUUACCAAUGAAGACUUAGAUAGAACUGUUAAUUACUGUAGAAUUUUUACUGAGUUGUCAGAAUCAUUAGUAACAACUAUGAUAAAUAAGAGUCUUGGUGCUAACUGUCAUCCACAUUUUACUAUCAAAGCACUAGAUUUAGUUAUUUUAUGUGCAAAUCAUCAUGAUUAUGAGGUUUUAUUAAUAACAUUCAAUCUUUGGUUUCGACUAUCUGAAGAAUUAUACAAAAUACACAAUGACAAUUUAACUGAAUUAUUCAAACCAUAUUUUGAACAAUUAAUUAGUGCAUUAUAUAAACAUUGCAUGAUUGAGACUGACCAUGAAGGGUUAUUAGAUGAAAGUGUAGAAGAAUUUGCAGAUUUUCGUUUGAAAUGUUCAGAUUUAAUUAAAGAUGUAGUUUUCAUUGUUAGUUCAUCAGCUGUUUUUCAACAAAUGUAUAUGUUACUACAAACAGCAUCUACCUCCAAUGUUACUUGGGACCAAAUGGAAGCCGCAUUAUUUAUUAUGCAAGCUAUAGCUAGGAAUAUAUUACCGGAUGAGAAUGAGGUAGUCCCCAAAGUAGUUGAAGCAAUACUAAAUAUGCCUGACACUGUUCAUAUUAAUAUGAGGUACACAUCAGUGAUGCUUUUAGGAGAAUUAUGUGAGUGGAUUUCGCAUGAAAGUCAUUCUGAAUCAUUAGAACCAAUAUUAAACUAUCUACAGUAUUGUUUAAGACAGCAGAAUCUAGCUGCAAUUACUGCUAAAUCAUUACAUAAUAUAUGCACCACUUGUCGUCAUCAUAUGGUGAAGCAUCUUAGUGGUUUAAUUGAAAUUUUAAAAGUAGUUGAUAUGUUGAAUUUACCUAAUGAUGUUGCGAUUGGACUACUAAAAGGUGUUUCUGUUAUUGUUGCUGAAGUACCCGAAGAACAUGUUUACAAAGCAAUUAAAGAAAUUUGUUGGAGACAGUUAAAUCCAUUGCUGACACUUGUAGAGUCUACUACUGAAAAAACUGUUCCUGAAACUAAUACACCAUCAGAUCCUAUUUAUUGGCUUGAUAGAUUAUCAGCAGUUUUAAGACAUUUAGUAACAAAAACUCAUUCUGAAAAAGAUCCAUGUGUUGUUGCUGUAGUAGAGAUGUGGCCAUCUAUGUCGAAAAUAUGUAAUAGAUAUAAAACAGACUUUCGAAUAACGGAACAUUUUUGCCGUUGCCUUAGAUUUAUGAUAAGAUUAGUGAGUCGUUCAACUAUUGCUCUUUUAGCUCCAAUUGCAGAGCAAAUGGCAUUUUUGUACAAAGAGUAUCAUCAUAGUUGUUAUCUAUACAUUGGGUCAAUUUUAGUAGAUGAAUAUGGUUCGAAAUUUGAUAACCCUUUAGUCAUGACCCAGUGUCAUUCAAUUUUACUAGAAAUGAUUGAUGCAUUUAUUGAACCAGCAUUCCGAUUGUUUAGUGAAAAAGAUGGUCUGCGAAACUAUCCUGAUACUGUUGAUGAUUUUUUCCGUUUAGCAUGCAGAUUUAUUCAAAAGCUUCCUAUGCCUUUUCUGCAAUCACCUGUAUUGGAAAGUGUUAUAAGAUGUAGUAUUAUGGCAGUAUCAUUAGACCAUAAAGAAGCAAAUGCUUCUGUAAUGAAAUUCCUAUUAGAUUUGCUUAUAUGUGGCAAAUCAAAAAAAGAUAGUUCAAAUUAUGAGGAACGUAAACAAUAUGUUACCACAAUUGUUAAUUCAAUUGGAGAACAAUUAGUAGAAAAUUUAAUUCAAGCUAGUGUAUUUUCUCUACAAACAUAUAUGCUUCCAGAUGUUAUUGAUGUUAUAGUUGAAUUAAUAGCAUAUGAUAAAGAUCAUACAUUACAAUGGCUAAAUAGAGCUGUAGAGAAAUUGCCAAAGCAAAAUUCUGCUGGUUUAGUUACAGCAACUAAUGAACAGUGUUUACAAUUUUUAAACUCAUUUCAUAAUUAUGAAAAUGAAGGAGAAUUAUGUCGUACUUUGCGAGAAUUUUCAAGAUAUUUUCGGUAGUCAUAACAUAAUAUUUAAUACUAUUAAGCUUUUGUAUUUGCUAUUAUUAUAUAAUUUUUAUUUUUUUUUAAUUUGGACUUGUCUGUUUGAAGUAUGUGUUUAACUUAUAAUGUUUUGGUUCAAUUUUAAAUUGCUUAGUUACUUAUUAAAUUAAAUGUUGACAUUUGA